AUGUCUCUAUCCACUGCGUCCACCUAUCCCUUCCCUGCUAUCUCCCUAGCUGACAUCAGAUCCUUCCCUUCUCUCUCCACUGCUGCCAUGUCUCCCUUCACUGAUCUCUCCCAUCCCUGCCAUCUCUCCCAUCCCUACUCUCUGCUGCCAUGUGCGGCAGCCAUACUCUCUCCCCUGCUGCCAUGUCUCCCUCUCCUGCACUCUCCCUCGCUGCCGUCUCUCUCUUCCAUGCUCACUCCCCUGCUGCCAUGUCUCCCAUCCCUACGUUCUCCCGUUCUGCUAUGGCUCCCUUCCAUACUAUCUACCCCGCUGCCAUGUAUCCAUUACCAACUCAACACACUGCAGCCAUGUCUGGUUUACAUACCAUCUCUCCCGAACGCAUUGUCUCCCCUCACUGCUCUCUCCCUAGCUGCCAUCUAUCCCUUCCAUGCUCUCUCCCCUGCUGCCAUGUCUGGUUCCCAUACUCUCUCCCCUGCUGCCAUGUCUGGUUCCCAUACUCUCUCCCCUGCUGCCAUGUCUGGGUCCCAUACUCUCUCCCCUGCUGCCAUGUCUGGUUCCCAUACUCUCUCCCCCACUGCCAUGUAUGGUUUUCCUCCUAUCUCCCCUGCUGCCAUGUCUCCCCCCCCAACGCAAGUCACUGAUGCCAUGUAUGGUUUACAUACUCUCUCUCCUGCCGCCAUGUCUCCCCUCACUGCUCUCUCCCUAUGUGCCAUAUCUCCUUCCAUGCUCUAUCCCCUGCUGCCAUGUCUCCCUUCCCUGCUCGUUCGCAUCGAUGCCAUCUCUCCCUCCCCUACUCUCUCCCCUGCUGCCAUGUCUUCCUUCUCUGCUGUCUCCCUCGCUGCCACCUAUACCUUCCCUGCCCUCUCCACUGGUGCCAAGUCCCGGGUCUCUGUUUCUUUGUUGAUGCGUCCCUGUUCCCAUGUCACACUGCCGUGA